AACGAAAACACUUUUUUUCAGCAACUACUGCGACAUAGUUGCACCCGUUCAUUAUUUUCAUAAUAAUAGCAUUAAAAAUGCUAAAAGAAGUGUUUUUAUUCGCCCUAGUGGCGAUCUAUAUUACAACCGCUAAUUGUUCUUUCUAUUAUACAGAACUAACUGCAGACAAAGAUUUUUUGCUUAAACAGAAGAAAAUUUAUAAUUUAUUUUAUCAUGCUUCGCAACCGAAUGUCGUCAAUGAAGACCUGUACAAACAAGGAUUAGAUUACAGUAUUGAGGCAAACAUUGACUCCUACACCAACAAGGAAGCUGUAAACGAUUUCAUCGAAUUAUACAAAUUUGGAUUUCUGCCGCGAGGAGAAUUAUUUUCCGUCUACUAUCCAAAAUUAUUAGCGGAAACGAAAUCACUUUUCAAACUCUUUUACUACGCAAAAGAUUUUGAUACUUUUUUCAAAACAGCUCUUUGGGCACGAGUUAACAUCAACCAGGGAGAAUUUUUUUUGGCACUCUAUCAAGCCGUUCUUAGACGACCUGACACAAUUUACAUUCAACUUCCUCCACCCUACGAAUUUUAUCCCUACGCUUUCUUCAACUCAGAAGUUAUAGAAGCUGCGAAAAAUGUUAAAUUAUACAACAAACCUGACACUCUUGAAGGAAAUUCUUACAUAAUUCACGCAAACUUUUCUGGCUGGUACCUAAACCGUGACUAUGACACUGAAAUGAAGCUAAAAUACUUUAUGGAAGAUAUAAGUCUCAACACAUAUUACUUUUUCUUCCGUGAAAACAAUCCAUUCUGGUUGAGCUCCGACGAAUUCGGUCUAGACAAACACUCACGUGGUGAAGAAUAUUUAUACGGACACAAGCAGUUAUUUAAUCGCUACAAUUUGGAACGUUUGGCAAAUGGUCUCGAGAAAGUUGAAGAUUUCACCUGGGACAGUGAAUUUUACCCAGGAUACUAUCCAACAAUGGUUUAUCACAAUGGACUCCCGUAUCCUCAACGUCCUCACUGGAGCAAAAUUCCUCAAUACAAGUACCCAUUCCUCCAUGCAAUUCAUGAUGCAGAAUCUCGAAUUUCCGGCGCUAUUGAUUCUGGAAUAGUGCUUAGUUCUGAAGGCAAACCAAUCAACAUUUACACUCACGAUGGUUUGAAUAUCUUGGGUAAUUUGAUUGAAGGCAAUGAAGACUCGUUCAACAGAAACUUCUAUCGCAGCAUUGACGAGUUUGCCCGAAGGAUUCUUGGGUUUAAUCUUGAACCUAAGUCACAGUAUCAAGUAAUUCCAAGUGCUAUGGAGUCAUUAUUCUCGUGUAUGAGAGACCCGGCUUUCUACAGACUUUACAAGAGAAUUGGUUACUACUACUACAGAUACAAAGAGCUUUUGAAACCAUAUCCAAAAGAUGAGGUCGUAUUUCCCGGUUUGAAAUUCGAAUCUCUGACUACGGAAAAAUUGGUAACUUACUUCGAUUACUUUGACGCGACAAUUAGCAACGGAUUGCCUGUUCAUGAUCAAAAAGAAGCUGAUUCUUUAUUCAUAAAAGUUCGCCAGCAUCGUCUGAACCACAAACCAUUCAAUGUAAAUAUGAUUAUUAACUCAGACAAACCUCAACCAGUAGCCAUUCAAUUGUUCCUCGGACCAAAGUAUGACGGACAACAUAAUUUGAUAGAUUUCACUGAAAGCUACCGAUACUUUUAUGAAAUAGACUACUGGGUAACUGAUCUAAUUGCUGGAGAGAACAAACUCGAGCGCAACAGCCACGACUUUUUCUUCUUGAUGCCCGACAAGGAGCCAAGUGAAAUUUUCUACAAGAGAGUCGAGAACGCUCUCGAAGGCACCGAGCAGUUUACGUACAAACAAAAUCUAUACGGAUUCCCAGAACAUCUUUUGCUGCCAAAAGGCAGCCGAGCCGGUUCAACUUAUCAAUUAUUUGCAUACGUCAGUCCAGUCGCCGAAGUAAUUAAAUACAAAUCCCGCGUUUUUGGAAGCUACAUGUUCAGUCACAAAGCCAUGGGUUUCCCACUUGAUCGGCCAAUCUACUAUCCUCACUUCCAAGGACCAAAUAUGUUUUUCAAAGAUGUUAAUAUUUAUCUCAAUCUUGACGUCGAUCCCAACGCCACUGUCUAAUAAUCAUCAUUCAAUUAUUCUCUCUCUUGGCAUUUUAAUUGGCCAAAAAUGUUAAUUAUUAAAUCAUAAAUAUGUAAUCAUUUUUUUA